AUGUCUACUCCUACCAUUAAGCUGAACUCCGGCUUCGAGAUGCCCCUUGUGGGCUUUGGUCUCUGGAAGGUCAACAACGACACUUGCGCUGACCAGGUUUACAACGCCAUCAAGGCCGGUUACCGCCUCUUCGACGGUGCCUGCGACUACGGCAACGAGGUUGAGGUCGGCCAGGGUGUCGCUCGCGCCAUCAAGGACGGUCUCGUCAAGCGUGAGGACCUUUUCCUCGUCUCCAAGCUGUGGAACAGCUUCCACGACAAGGAGCAGGUCGAGCCCAUUGCCCGCAAGCAGCUCAAGGACCUGGGCAUUGACUACUUCGACCUGUACAUUGUCCACUUCCCCGUCGCCCUCGAGUAUGUGGCUCCCGAGGUCCGCUACCCUCCCGGCUGGACCAACGCCCAGGACAAGGUCAAGCUGUCCAACGCCACCAUUCAGGAGACCUGGACCGCCAUGGAGUCCCUCGUCGAGAAGAAGCUCGCCCGCAGCAUCGGUGUGAGCAACUUCAGCCCUCAGCUGCUGAUGGACCUCCUCCGCUACGCUCGCAUCCGCCCCGCCACUCUCCAGAUCGAGCACCACCCUUACCUCACCCAGAAGUCCCUGGUCAACUACGCCCAGAAGGAGGGCAUCGCCGUCACUGCCUACUCCUCCUUCGGUCCUCUCAGCUUCAUCGAGCUGGAGAUGCAGAACGCCAAGGACACCCCCAAGUUGUUCGAGCACUCCGCCAUCACCAGCAUUGCCUCCAAGCACAACCGUUCUCCCGCUCAGGUCCUCCUGCGCUGGGCCACUCAGCGUAACAUCGCUGUCAUCCCCAAGAGCAACGACCCUACCCGUUUGGCUCAGAACCUCCAGGUCACCGACUUUGACCUGGACCAGAGCGAGCUCGAGUCCAUCAGCGCUCUGAACCAGAACCUGCGCUUCAACGACCCCCAGAACUACGGCCUCGAUGUUACCAUCUUCUAA